AAACAAAAAUACUAGAAAACGACGGCGUACGAGGUAUGCGUAUGGAUUUUGGAUUGUGAACUGUGGCGGUGAAGAGGUGAGUGACACUGAUCUUAAGUCUUAACCACCGAUCCACGGCGGCGCUUUUUGAUAAACUUUGGAGCUUUAAAGGGUUUAAGAGAUAUGUCAAGGUUUCGUGCAAUGUGGCAAGCUUCUUUGAAUGCUACAAAGAAAGCUCUUGCAUGGAAUGCUGAAGAUUUGAUGCCUCCUACUGAGACACAUAUAUUCAAUUUCAAUUCGAUGGAAGAGUUGAAAAAGUGGCAUUUAUAUUCAGAUUCUGAAUAUGGAGGGUUGUCCUCAGCAUCUCUAGAGAUUGCAGAUACAGGAAAUGGAUUGAAAGGGGUUUUCUCUGGGAAACUUUCCCUGGAUGUAAGUGAGGGUUCAAAGUGGAACAUUAGCCGAGGUGGCUUCUGUGGGAUGCGGUCCAAGAAGUUUGAUGGCUUCAUUGACUUAGAUGCAUAUGAUACAAUAGCGCUAAAGUUGAAAGGAGAUGGAAGAUCUUACAUAUCUACUAUAUACACGGAGAAUUGGGUGAAUUCACCAGGACAGCAAGAAGAUAAUUCAUGGCAAUCUUUUGUUUUUGUUCCCAAAGAUAACUGGUAUAUUGCAAAGAUUCCUCUCGCUAGAUACUUGCCAACAUGGAGAGGAAAUGUUAUAGAUGCUAACUUGGAGAUGAAUCCAGCUCGUGUUCUCAGCAUGUCUCUAUCAGUCAAUGCAGAAGGAGGUGUCCCAGGUGCUAAAACUGGACCAGGUGAUUUCAGAGUUGAGAUUGAUUGGAUCAAAGCCUUCAGAUCAGUAUAACCACGACAAACUAAAAACUCAGGAGUAUCGAUCACUGUUUCUCUGUUAGUGUAAUAAAGUGUUCUGUUAUGUUCCAAAAGGAAAUAUGUUUCAGUAAUAUGUCAGCAUAAUUAUGUAAUCAUGAACAAAAAUUACCAGGCAAGUUUUUUUCUGA